GCACUCGAUCCAUUAGAAGUAAUGCCCUGAGAACAGAGACGAUGGGCCUCAAUAUUUCUGUUUGAUCUGCCAGUGAUCAUCAAGUCAUUUUCUCGGUGUCAUUUCUCAAGAUGAUCAAGGUAGUGACAAAUCUCUUGCGUUUCCUCGUGAUCAGCUCCAUUUCCAGUGUCAUUCUUGUGGUGGUACACCGUUCUCCGUGCUCGUACCACCCCAAUAACUUACCAGCAGCGCAUAAAGAAGAACCGGCCCAGCUUGUGGCUAGUAGUAAUGGAACAACUCAUCAGGUUGCUGCUGCCUCGUCUUCCGAUUCCGACGACGACAAGCUUUCCGAGCUGCUGAGACGAGCUGCCACGGAGGACAACAAGACGGUGAUAAUGGCCAUCACAAACGAGGCGUGGACAGCUCCCGGCUCGCUCACGGACCGCUUCCUGGAGAGCUUCCGCACGGGCGUGAAGACGGAGGCCCUGCUGAAGCACCUCCUCAUCGUCACCGUCGACGCCAAGGCGCGGGAGCGGUGCGCGCGGGCGCACCCGCUCUGCUACGCCCUGGACGUCGGCGGCGCCGACUUCACGUCGGAGCAGCGGUACAUGGCCGAGGACUACCUGGACAUGAUGUGGCGCCGGGUCAGGUUCCAGGGCCGCGUCCUGGAGCUCGGCUACAGCUUCCUCCUCACGGACGUGGACAUCGUGUGGUUCCGGAACCCGCUGCUGCGCGUCCCGGUGGCGGCGGACAUGGCCAUGGCGUGCGACCGGUUCCGCGGCGACAACCCCUACGACCUGGACAAGGGCGCCAACGCCGGGCUGGUGUACGCCAGGGCCAGCGCGCGGACGGCCGAGUUCUACCGCGUCUGGUACGAGGCCAGGACCCUGUUCCCGGGCAACAAGACGCAGGACGUGUUCGAGAAGGUCAAGCACCAGCUGACGGCGAGGCUUGGCGUCACGCUGCAGUUCGUCGACACCGCCUACUUCGGCACCUUCUGCGACCGCCAGAGGAAGGAGAAGGACUUCAACAAGCUCUGCACCUUCCAUGCCAACUGCAUCCUGGGGCUCAAGAACAAGGUGCACAAGCUGCGCGCCGUCCUCAACGAGUGGAAUCAGUUCAAGGCCGCCGCCAGCAACAACGGCACCACUCUUAUUACGUACUGAAUUAAUUUUAGUUUCUGGUCGCAUCCCAUCGUGUUUAUCUAAUUUCUUGCUCCUCGGAAAAAAAUAUUUGCAAAAUGUAAUGUACCUGAGUAGUAAAUUUGGAGUUUCUUGCUAAUCCCAUAUAUGUCAUUUAAUUUUAACUCUAUUGUAUUUUGGUUAAAUAUACAC